CUUCGGCUGUUUUAGUCACAGUGUCGUCUUCUUGUUGAUAAGAAGUGUUCAGUGGAUUUUCAUACGAUAUUUUCCUUUUUAUUUUUGGAAUUAUUUUCCAUUUUCCAGUUAAAAUGAGUUUGGCACGCACAGCAUUUAAAUUUCGUGGUCCUAUGGCUCCAGUUUUCACAGCAUUUAAGGAUGAUCCAGCUCAAACCGUUAAUUACGAAGUAAUUGAUUCCUACGCUAAGUGGCUCAAGGAAAGAGGAGUAGACGCUGUUUUGGUAAAUGGAACAACCGGCGAGGGAAUGUCUUUGAGCGUCGCUGAACGUAAAGCCACUGCUGAAGAAUGGUUCAAGGCUUGCAAAAAAUACCAAAUGACUCAAAUGGUUCAAGUAGGAGGAGCUCCUUUUGUUGAUGUUGCAGAACUGGCUAGGCAUGCUGAAAAUUUGGGUGUUGAUGCAAUCCUUUGCCUCCCGGAGCUCUACUUCAAGCCCAAAACCGAGCAAGAUCUCGUGAAGUACUUAGCCAAUGUGGCUAAAAAUUGUCCCAAAACUCCUCUGCUUUACUAUCAUAUCCCCAAGAAUACUCUUGUUGACCUGUCAAUGCCGAAAUUUAUUGAUUUGGCCGAGAAGGAAAUUAGCAAUUUCAUCGGGAUUAAAUACACUUCCAAUGAUCUUGCUAUGGGAUGUUCUUGUCUCAAGGAAAACCGAUUUAUUUUCUUGGGCGGUGAUGCCAUUCUCUGCGGUGCUCUGGCUCAGGGAUUCGACUCAACUAUCUUGACCACUCUCAACAUCUAUCCUGAGUACACUUUUGAGAUCUUCAAGUCAAUGAAGAAUGGAGAUUUCGCUCAAGCAAGGAAGAAGCAGAAGGAGUUAUUGGCCAUUAUUGAUAGAAUUUUGCAAGAAGGAGAUUGGGUUCAGGCGAUGAAGAUGGAGUUCAAUCGAGUUUUUCACACCAAUAUUGGGAAGACCAGGACACCUCUCUUUUGAUUGAGUGAGAAAAUUAUGUAAAAAGGCAAUUUUUUGCUUGAAAAAAAAUAUCUAUUGAUUUGUGCCAUCACCUACAAUAAAAUCCUUAUAAAAUAA